AUGGUCUGCACAAAGUGCCAAAAGCUCGGCAAGGGCUCCACGACCCUCGCGACGCCCUCUGUCAAAAAGAAGAGCGAAAUCUACCACGGCUCCUCCUCGUCCUCGUCUUCCUCCGCCACCAAGUCCGCUACGCUGGGCACGACCGGCAUCGGCAAGAGCAAGCUCCUCUCCAAAGCUGCCAAGAACCCUUACGCCCAAUACUCCAGCGCCUGCUCGAAGUGCAAGACAAAGGUCUCUCAGGGCCACUCCCUCUGCCAGUCGUGCGCCUACCGAGCCGACUCGUGCGCCUCGUGCGGGAAGCCGAACAAGAAGGCCAAAGGGGCUGCCCCGUCGAUCGCGGGACAAAAGUUCACGUUGAAACGAUACCCUCGUGACGCGCACUCUUCAUGCGGCCAGAAGCUGGGAGCCGAUCAGCCUGCAGGGGCCAGCAGCAGCAACGGCAAGGCAUGGCAAUGA